CAAGAAAGAUAGCGAUAGAUAGAGAUAGAACGAAAGGAGGAAGGGACACGGGCUAGCCCUGCCCAUAUGAAAGAGAGUAAAAGAGAUAGGAGAUAUGUAUAUAAUGGUAGAAAGAGAGAAAGCUAAACUGCUUUCCAUCCCCCAGAACGCAUCCUACGUAAGCCGGAGCUGUGUUAGCUCUUCAUCGUGGGUUCAGUCUCUCUAAAUGUGGCAUAUCAACGUGGUUACUUUUAUUCGCGCUCUCGAUCGAAACCGGGAAAAACUUACAAUGAAAGCGAUUAUCGUAAUGUGAAAUUUACCGACGCUACGAACGCGUCGUCGUCCGUCGUCGUCGUCGUCGUCGUCGUGGUCGUGGUCGUCGUCGUCAUCGUCGUGUCGUGUCGUCGUCGUCGUCGUCGUCGUCGUGUGUCGUGUGUCGUCGUCCGUCGUAUUUCAAAAUACAUAUACAUAAACACACACGCACACACACAUACAUAUAAUAUUUUCGUUCGACGUUCAUUCGUUCUUUACGAAGAGAAUUUUCUUUUUUUUUUCUUUCACUUAGAGAAUCUUGUUUGGCUGGAUGAAAGAUCGUGUUCAACUGGUAAGAAGACUCGCUCGUUUGAUCGGUGCAUAUACAAAAUUAGAAUGGCGAGCGCAUCGCAACAAUAUUGUCUCCGUUGGAACAACCACCGAUCGAACUUGCUUACUGUCUUUGAUGAACUUCUACAAAAUGAGGCAUUCACCGAUGUUACCUUGGCUGUGGACGGUGGUCUCUCUGUAAAGUGUCACAAAAUGGUCCUAGCAGCUUGUUCAUCAUAUUUCCAGACGCUUUUUAUCGAUCUACCAUGUAAACAUCCGAUCGUAGUACUCAAAGAUGUGAAAUAUUGUGAGAUCAAGGCAAUAUUAGAAUACAUGUAUCGUGGAGAGGUAAAUGUCGCCCAGGAACAACUCGCUGGUUUAUUAAAAGUUGCUGAAGUUUUAAAAGUCAAGGGUCUUGUUGAGGAAAAUGGUUCAUCUCAUGAACAACGAAACGAAGAACUCGAAACGUCGAUGUCACCACCACCAGCGAUCAGCACUAGCACAACCAACAGUAUUGCGCAUAGCAGUGGCCAUAUUUCACCACCCCAUUCAACCGGAAGUUCUUAUAAUCCAUACGGUAAAUCAUCUACGAUGCCAAUUGAUAGAGGAUGUAUGUCCUUGCCGAUGUGGGCAUUGUCAGGACUUCCACUUCCACAACAUGCAACUUCCAGUCAUCAGGCAAGCUCUCAAUCACAUUCGCAACAUUCCACUAUCGUGGGUACUUCUUACGACAACGGUUUCGAAACGUCAUCGCCCAUAAAUCCAAAACGAAAAAAAUAUUGUACGUCAAAUGUCAUGAUGAAUCGAGACACGCCGAUAUUGCGAACAGUUUUGGGUCAAGGGCAUGCUGAUAGUUCACAGAACAUGACCCUUAUGCCACCAGAUAGUCAUGAUAAUAACUUCCGUACUAAUGCCAAUGGAUCGUCAACUGAAAAUUCCAGACGAGAUAGCAGCGAUCUUCCCAAUUCUGAACCAGUUCAUAGUCCUUACACCGACGUCUCCAUGAUAGACGAAGAAGACAAACAACCAUCACCUCAACCCUACGUCGAUACUAACGCAGGUACUGACGUAUCUAAUCCAAUUGUAGGUGUGGUUAGUUAUAUCACAACCCAAAAGCCCGAAUGGAAACGUUAUAAACAAUAUACACGGCACGACAUCAUGUCAGCAAUCGAGGCAGUAAGAUCAGGAAUGAGUGCAUUGCAAGCGGCGAGAAAGUACGGUGUCCCAUCGCGUACACUUUACGAUAAAGUAAAAAAACUUGGUAUCACGACCUCCCGACCUUUUAAGCGUGGUUCGAACGGUGCUGGAGGAGCUUGUUUUCCCUAUGGUAUCGGUGGAAACGCAAACGGCAGCAUUUAUGGUAUCAACAGUAGUACCCUAUCGGAAAGUGAAAAUGAAAACAGCAACGCCCUAUACGAGAGUUCUUCCACCAUUUUGGAAACGAAUUACGUUAAGAGCAGGGAUACUUCGACUGAACGUGAAUCCAACAUGGAAACUGGUCAAUCUAGUCCAACUUCAGGACUUCAUUUGAUCAAAGAAGAACCUCAACAAAGGAACGACGAUCAGGUUGAGGAUCUUUCGGUAAAUCGUAAGUCGGAUAUACGAGUAAUAAUACCACCAUCGUCGAACAUCAAAGAGGAAGAUGAUAUUUCCGAUAAUUCUAAUCGUAAUUGAUAAUUAUCAUGAAAUUAAAAAGAUACGACGAUGUUGAAUUUACACACGUAGGGUGAUAUACUCUAAAAAAAAAACCUCAAUAGUAGAUAUCGAUAGAAGUAGUAUACGAGUAAGUUAAAAUGAAUACUUUCAAAUCUAACCAGAUGUCUCCUGAUCAGCUUCGAGACUCAAAAGUAUGGACCUUCUUACAUUGCGUUCUUACAUAACGUAAAAUAUUCAACAAUAUUUCCAAGAAAAACAAUGUUAAAAUAUUUUCUUUGUUGAAAAGCUAAUAUAAUAUUAGUGGCCUUACGUAUGUUAUUCUACGACGGAUUUUUUCGAAUGUGUUGAAAGGAAGAUAAAAAAAAAAGAAAAAGAAAAAAAACAGAGAAAAAAGAAAGAGUAAAAGAAAAAAAUUA